AUGAUGCAGCAUAAAAACUCGAUGGUGUACAUACCCACCACGAAGGAAACUAAAAGACGUAACGGGAAAUCAGGAGGGAUACUAAAUGCCAUUGAAGAGUUGGUUGAAAAGCUUUAUUGGACUUACUACAUACACUUACCUUUUUACUUAAUGGCCUCCAUUGAUUCAUUUUUCCUUCAUGUGUUUUUCCUCACGAUCUUUAGCUUAAGUUUCUUCGGUAUAAUGAAAUAUUGUUUCCUUUGA